AUGGGAGACUCACCUGGGCAACAAAUGAAGCGACCCAGACUGAACGAAGACCCAGAUGACUAUUCAACAAAUCAAGAAACAAAGCGACGGUUGACCGUUGAUGCUCCAAAUGAAGCCCACCCAUCUUCGCAUGAUCAGGAUGCAGCAUUCAUGGAAGCCAUGGCCUGUUCCGAGGUUUCUGUUGAUUGGGGCUGGAACGAUACCGAUAGAAUCGAGUUUCAGCUUUCGGAGCAAAUUGAUGAAGACAUGUCUGGACUCGGCCCUGAAGCGUAUGAUAAGGUGGAUGUGCUACAGCACGACUCUCGCCAUCACGAAUUCGAGAUGAAAGCUGCACAGGAUAUCAGCCCUGAGUCUGAAGAGUGUAGCCUCGAAAUUGUUUGCUUCGGAACAAUACCCUCCCUACAUGGGAGAUGUGCCAGGUCCUCUUCAUUAUCUCAAAGAUUUUCAGUCACAAUAACCUCCUCGGAACGGUUUCAUGCUACUGACAAUCAGCAAGUAACCGGAAUAAUACCACCGCAAUACGGUCGCAUGGUGAAGAGCUUACUUGACGAGAACGCUCUUAUAUUGUUUGCCUAUUGUACCAUAGACACCGAUGUAACUCAAAAACAUCCGUCAGGCCCAUAUUCCCAAAUAUCUUGUACCUUAGACGUCACGGUUUAUGGUCCCAAUGAUCUCUUCGAGAGCAUUGGCUCUUGGCUUCAAGAUUACGAUGUCUAUCUGCAGGAUCCUAGAACCAUCGAUUUGGAUGUGAAGUACCGGAACCCCCACCGACUGUCCUCGACUGAACUCAGCUCCUGUCCAUCAGUAUCCAUGGUCGUUUGGUUGAGUACUGAUACUGUACAAUUUCUGAAGAUCGAGGACCGACCCGAGCCACUGGAUAUGAUUAGUGGCCAAGAUGAUCUCGAGGAGACUGCAGCACCCAAAAUGAUACGAACAGUUCUACACAGACAUCAAAGGCAAGCACUCACAUUUAUGCUUGGCAGGGAAAGGGGAUGGGCGUUAGAGACCAAAGGAGCGGAUGUGUGGGAGGCAUUGGAUUCAAGUCACGACAGAAAAUUCAUUAACCGAAUUCUGGGCAAUCACCAAGAUACGGCGCCGCCACCCUUCUAUGGGGGUAUUAUUGCGGAUCCUAUGGGUCUCGGGAAAACUCUACCUAUGGUAGCUCUGGCGGCCAGCGAUCUGGAGCCUGGGGCUGCAGUUGUUACAGAAUACGAUCUGCUAAAUGUUUCAGAGGAUCCAAUGCCCACGGUUUCAGCCACUUUGGUCAUCGUGCCACAACCACUCCUGAGUACAUGGGAAGAGCAAAUCAAAGACCAUAUCGAAGUGGAUGGACUGAAGGUUCGACGCCAUCACGGAAAACAACGGCUCAGUCUCAUUGAGCAGAUCAACGCGGCUAAUAUCAUCUUGACGACAUAUCACACAGUCCGUGCAGAUUGGCAAAAAGGAGAAGUGCCAGCUAAUAGUAUACUUUUCACCGUUCGAUGGAAGAGAAUCAUCCUUGAUGAAGCGCAUCUCGUUCGCAACAUGAAAACACGAAUGGCUCGCUCGAUCUGCAGUCUCGAGUCCGUCUCUCGUUGGGCAGUCACUGGCACGCCUAUUCAGAAUCAGCUCAGUGACCUGACCGCCCUCCUGAAGUUCAUUCGAGCCUAUCCCUAUGACGAUCCGAAGAAGUUUGACACAGACAUAUCACAGCUCUGGAAAUCUGGAGAAGAUGAGGAAGCUGUGAAGAGACUCAAGCGGCUUUCGCGUUGCCUUAUAUUGCGGAGGGCAAAACACACCAUUACUUUACCACCGCGACAUGAUGUCCGGUGCCCAGUUGAGUUCAGCAAAGCAGAGAGGGCUUUAUAUGACAACAUUCGUAACCAAACUAUCAUCAAGAUGGAUGAUGCAUUGGCCCAGGACACUGAUACUUGGCAGCGAGGUUUGUACGGUAACUUUCUCCAGCAAAUUGAAUCAAUGCGGUUGGUGUGUGACUUAGGUCUACACUAUACUUCACGCCAUGGCAAGAUGAAUACGCGAGAAAAGGACAACUGGGCUGAUGACGCUCGACAAGCCUUCAGAGUUAAAGGCCAAAUGGGAACUAUCCGUUGUACCCUAUGCCAUUCAAGCUUGGAUGUCACUGAAAGUCUGGGUGAUGACGCCGCGCCUCAUUACACUGCUCAUCUUUUCUCGUGCCUCGAAUAUGCUUGCGCGGAAUGCUCCUACAAGAACCGGAAGAGCAUUCAGAAAAUGCCAUGCGGGCACACACCCAAUUGUCCAGUCACACCAAUAUUAACCGGUAGCAGCGCAUUUGAGGAGAUGUCCGGCGACAUCACGGAAGGCCUGAGGCUGGCUCAUCACCCCGAAUUUCCUUCAAAGAUAAAGGCCCUGAUAUCAGAUUUGGAGCAGCCAAAAAAUAAGGAUGCAAAAUGGUGUGUCAAUCUUGAUUGCUGUGUGUGGUUCGAAGCUGAUGUGAUCAGCAUCGUCUUUUCUACUUGGAGAAUGACCUUGGACAUUAUCGAAGCCGCGCUAGAACAAGCCCAGAUUCGGAGUGUCAGGUUCGAUGGAAAAGUAGCUCAAACUCAACGCCAGCCAGUACUGAACGAAUUUAAGUCGAACCCGAACGUUCGUAUCAUACUGCUCACUUUAGAAUGCGGUGCUGUUGGGUCUGUAGGACCUCCUGCUUCAAUCAAAAAUGCUAAUUGUAUAAUCAGAUUGACGUUGACAGCAGCUUCACGGGCAUAUCUGAUGGAACCCCAUUGGAACCCAACGGUGGAAGAGCAAGCCUUGGCCCGUAUCCAUCGCAUUGGACAAAAACGCGAAGUCACCACCAUUCGCUUUUAUAUUCGCGAUUCAUUCGAAGAAAGAGUCAUUGAGACUCAGGAAGCCAAGAAAAACCUUGCCAGUGUUCUUCUUUCAGGACAUGACGGUGGACAAGUGGACAAUAGUCUUGGAGCAUUACAGGCAAAGACUGAGGUCAUUAUUAUAAUAACGCAAAAGACGUGA